AUGGCACCCGCUCUGACGGAAUCUGCUCCAGCAGCACCACAUACCCUUUCCAACAACAAACCCGUCAGCAAGACCAUUUUUCCUGAUGGCCUGAAGACAUCCGGCCAACAUCCACCACGCUACGAGUUGAUCAGGCCGUACAAGGACUUUCCCACGGAGAUCACUAGCCCAACCGUAUGGAAGGCAGAAGACUACCGCAACAACCCCGAGCGCUGGACGCACGUCUUCAGCGAUGAGGAGAUCGCCGAGCUGAGCAGCGCGGCAGAUGCAUUCAUCGCUGCGGGCACGCCUUUCACGGGGAUGGCGAAAGAAAAGUUUCCUCUACCAAAGUUGGAGAAGUUCUUUGGCGCUGUGAGGAACGAGAUCUUGAACGGAAAGGGGUUCAUUCUGUUCAAGGGAGUUCCAGUGCAGGAAUGGGGAUUGCAGAAGUCUGCUGUGGCGUAUCUUGGUCUGGGAGCGUACUUUGGAUAUUUCACCAGCCAGAAUGGACGUGGACAUGUGCUUGGACAUGUGAAGGACUUGGGCGAGGACCCGACCCAGAAGGACCGAGUUCGAAUCUAUCGCACCAACGCCAAGCAGUACUUCCACACGGAUGGUGCUGACCUUGUUGGACUCCUGUGCAUUGCCAAGGCUUUGGAAGGUGGCGAAUCGGACAUCGCUUCUACUCACCACGUCUUCAACGUGCUGCAGAAGGAACACCCGGAAGUUGUCGAAGCGCUGGCGACUCCCAACUGGUACUUUGACCGUAAGGGUGAGCAGAGUGAGGGCGAAGACCCAUACUACAGGUCAUCCAUCAUCUACCUAGAGAACGAUCCUCAAGGCUCUCCCCGCGUGUUUGCAAGGCUCGAUCCUAACAACGUCACGUCGCUGGCCCGUUUCAACUCAGGACCCGAUGCUCGAAUUCCACCGCUCUCCGACGCUCAAAAACACGCACUGCAAGUCCUCGAAGACACUUGCACGAGGUUGGCCUUGCACAUGAUCUUGGACCCUGGCGACAUCCAACUACUCUCCAACACGCACGUAUUCCACGCGCGUACUGCAUACAAGGACUACCCGCCAGGAUCAGUAGACGAGCAAGGUCGGCCGAGGGUUCGGAGGCAUCUCAUGAGAUUGUGGUUGGCUGUGCCGGAGAAUGAAGGCGGGUGGAAGACGCCGUUCCACGAUAGCAAUGAGAAGAAGCGAGGAGGGAUCCAAGUGAAUGAUCAGGCGCCUUAUGCACCAAUAGAUGCAGAGUAG